AUAUCCGUACGAACGCUAGACAAAAUGGCGAACAAAUUACCAUGGGGCCUGAAAGGGAGCCGUUUAGCCCCUGGUUCUGCAAAGACCAUCUCCGAGAGCAAGUUGAAAGCUUUCGAGGUGGGGACUAUGAACCUUGGAAAACAAUCCCUGUCAAAAAAGGAAAUAGAUGAAAUGAGGAAAAAGCAAGAUGCAGAAGCCACAGCACAGGUAUAUGAGGAGUUUGUUGCUUCCUUUGAUGAAGCACAUAAACAUGCAGGCACGAAGAUGUGGGUCAAGGGAGAAACUGUCAAUGCUGACAGACCUUUUAGUGGCAACCCAAGAACUCAAAGAAACAACUCGGGAGACUCCAGACCUGACAAAAACCGUCUGUAUAAGCCCACAUCCAAGCUAGCCGAGCUAGCUGCAACAUUCCAGUCUGUGAAGUUGACAAGGAAAGAAGAUGAUAAACCGAAUUCUAACAAAAAGAAAAGAGGAGAUGAGAAGAAGAAAAGCAAUCUGGAACUCUUCAAGGAGGAAUUGAAACAGAUUCAAGAAGAAAGACAAGAGCGACACAAACUAAAGAAAGUGUUGAGAGAUUCAGGUGUUGAUCUGCCAGAAAUCGACACCAAACUUUACCCCUUUCUUGAUCCCAUGGACAUAGGACCUGCUUCACUACGUGGGCCAGGAGACCGAGCAGGGGGAAUUGGAUCAUUUGACCCGGGAGAUGAGAACACAACCAACAUCUAUGUGGGCAACAUAUGUCCAAAGGUAAGAUAACAUGGAUGCAUGUUCAAAAUGAGUUUUAUUAUCAGAAUCGAUGAUCAUGUAAAAUUUUUGUUAUUGAAAGAUACAUACUAGGUAUAGAUACUACAUUCAGUUUCUUCAGUCAAACAUUUGUUGAGCACCUCCCUUGGGUGUGCCAGAAACCAAGGUUUGUCGGCCACAUACCCUCAGUGCUUUCCCACAAUGGUAAACAGAUGCAUCACUUCAGCUUUACUACUAUAGUCUGGAAGGUAAUUUAAGGUACCGACGUUCGUCCUGUUCG